GGAACUUCCGCAUUGUCGUCCUCAGCGACUGGACAAACUACUGCAACUACACGUUAAAAACAACACACGCAAUCAUCAGGAGACACACCUAAAGAUAUUUUUCAGCACAAUGAAUGUGAGAAAGGUGGAAAAAGCUGUUAUGAGUGUGGAGCAGUCUGAAGGUGUUGGUGCUCGUGUCCGCAGAAGCAUUGGCAGAAAGGAGCUGCAGACCUUGGAUCCAUUUCUGAUGUUGGAUGAGUUUCGAGUGAGCAAGCCAGCAGGUUUUCCAGACCACCCUCACAGAGGAUUUGAAACGGUAACAUACGUGUUGGAAGGGGUCAUAGCUCAUGAAGACUUCUGUGGACAUUCAGGGAGACUCCAACCAGGGGAUCUGCAAUGGAUGACUGCAGGACGGGGUGUGGUUCAUGCAGAGAUGCCAAUAUCGGAGGAGCCCUUGGUGGGUUUGCAGCUAUGGGUGAACCUAUCCAGUCGAGACAAGAUGGUGGAACCAGCCUACCAAGAGCUUCGUAGCUCCGAAAUCCCCAAACCAUCACAGGGAGGCGUCACUGUGGCUGUGAUAUCUGGAGAAGCCUUAGGAGCAAAUUCUAAGGUCUUCACAAGGACACCAACGAUGUACCUGCACUUUGUGCUGCAAACAGGAGCCCAGCAUGUGCAGCCAGUCCCUUUAGGAUGGACCGCCUUCAUUUACACUCUAUCAGGAUCCAUUCAUGUCGGCUCUGUUGAGGAGCAGCAGAAGUUUGAGCCUCAUCACACAGUGGUGUUUGGAGAUGGAGACUGCGUCAGAUUUGAAAACAAGGGAUCUGAAGUUUGCCAUUUUGUGCUGAUAGCUGGAGAACCCAUCAAAGAGCCUGUGGUUCAACACGGUCCAUUUGUAAUGACCACACACGAAGAAAUCAGGAAGGCUAUCAACGAUUACAGAAAUGCUAUUAACGGCUUUGAACGGGCCUUAAACUGGAGAUCAAAGAUCAGAGAUUGUUGCUGACCACCAUUAUCUUGGAGUUCCGCACUAAAAGUUGUAUUUUAAUAUAGAAUAUUAUAUUUUAUUCCAACAUUUUGCUUCUGUACAAACAUUGUAGCAAUGGCAUCAUUAGACCUAUUUUAAGGGGACUGAAGCCUCCCUAAAAUAUUCUUAAGCCCCCCUAAAUAAUUUGCUGUUGUUUUAUUUUACAUUUACCAUAAUUUGUGUAUAAGCUGAGCGAGACAGACGGUGUGUGUGACGAAGGAGUUAUGACGCUGUUCAAUUCUGACACGGAAGAGGAAGACUUUCGUGGUUUUAGUUCCCAAGCGGACGCCGAUGAAUGACUUUUCUGGUAGGCUACUGUUAUCUGUUACAUGCACUAUCCGGCACUGUUUAACUUGCCGUGUACUGUUCUGCACUCUUUAAAUAGCCGCAUUGCACCACUGUUUGGCACACAGUGUUCGAAAAAAAUGCAUUUAUUUUGCAAAAAGUUUAAAAAAUAUUUCUGUAUAAUGUGUUUCUGUGUACUUAAUAUCCAAUUUAAUGACGCGGACACCUGCGGCUUAUAGUCUGGUGCGGCUUAUAUAUGUACAAAUCUGUUUUUUCCUCUAAAUGUAGUGGGUGCAGCUUAUACACCUGAAUUUAAGGUAUAUGUUAAUAUUCUUGUUGAAUAAAUGAUCAUAUACCUUGUCAUUAUUCACUUAAAUUUGAUCAUAACUGUGUCACUUCCUGUUCACUUCACAGUGUAAGGCAGAGACAGUCCCUUCAGUGAGUCGUUAUCCAAUCUAUUCUAAUAGUUCAUAUAGGACCCUAUUCUCCCAUGUGCGUAAGGGGGAAAAGCUGAUGUCUGUUACGCUACACAUUCAUUCAGGAUAUGCACUCUUUUCUUUUCUCUUCUUCUCUGUCCCCUCUUGCUCCGGUCCGGUCGCUCCAAAUUUGCUUAAUAACAAGCAUCUAAGUCAAAUAAAUUCUGUAUAACAGGGGAAUUGUAUAUCACACUUCUCCCUGGCAGAGUAAAUCUGUUGAGCACUUGACGGCAUUUAGAUCUACAAUUCUAUCUGCUUUAAAGGCUGGACGGGACAGGGGUAAAAAAAAAACAACAAAAAAAACAAGAUAUGCACUCGGGUCUCUAGGUGGACGCUAAAUGGUGGCCGUUCCCUGUGAAAUAUGUGCAUAUUCUCCCAUCGACUUAAAGGAAAACUGCACUUUUUUGGGGAAUUUUGCCCAUCAUCCACAAUGUUUCAGAUCAUCAAACAAAUGAUAAAAAUAUUAAAUAAGAAAUCAGGAAGGGGGCAAACACUUUAUCACACCACUAUACAUACUGUAGCAUCUAUCAGAUGGUAUCAAAAGGACGAGGAGGUGAUUGAGGUGAGCAGUCAACAAUCAUGGCGGUGGGGUCGGUCUGCUUUAGACACACUGGGCGUGUCGGGAGUCUGGAUGGGAGAAUACGUGUAUGGUCAACGUGCUUAACUCAGAACGCAUAGAAAAACACCUCAGUGCAAACGGGAGAAUAGGGCACAGAGAGAACGUCACCGAAAUUGCAGUCCAUGUUUUCCCUGCGAUCUUGCUUGAACUCUGUACCUGCAGCAUGUGCUUCGCUUUGAAGCACACAGAGCCAACUGAGAAAAACAAGAAUGGAUAACAAAGUGUUUCUCAACAAAAUACAGUGAUGAAUGUGCUUUCAGAAGUGUUUGCAACUGUAGCCAUGUUAUUUCAAAUGGUGUACUUGGCCUGCUUUGUGAUAACACAGUGCUCUUUUUUUC